UUUUUUCUAGCUAUCGGGAGUCCAAACGAAUGUUUUCGUUUUUUUAACAAUAGGUGUAAAUAUUUGCAGUGUCAAUUUUGUAUUGGGUGCACUGUCUGGGUUCAAUUUUACUUGGCAUUGUAUUAUUAGCAAUUUUCAAAAUGUCGAUAAAUUUUGAAAGUUCUAAUGACUUGAACGAAAUCAGACAAAUGAAACGAGACGCGAGACAGCUAAUCCUAGAAAAGGCCGAAAGAGAUUAUGAGAAAAGAAAAGCCCAAAAAGAGUUGGCAAAAUUAAAUGGUGAAGACAAAUGGAUGCUACCCGAACUUGAUGCGCAAUUGUCUGGAAGUAAACCAAAAAAAAGUAAAAAGGACAAGAAACAUAAAAAGAAUAAAAAAAACAAAAAAAACCAAAAAAAAGAAAAUUCAUCUGACUCUGACUCUGACGAGUGGGUGGAGAAGAUUUCAGAGAUGGUAGAAUCCUCACCUGCUGCUCCUCUUCAGAGAGAUGAAUGGAUGAGUGUUCCUUCUCUGCUUCCAAUAUUCAGUAAAAGCAGCAUGCCUCUCAAAAGAACAUCACUGAACAAGGAAGAAGAAACUGCAAGAAAAAUAAUGAUGGAGAAGCCAGGACAAACAAGUAGGGAACUGAAUCCCUAUUGGAAAAACGGUGGAACAGGCUUGCCACCCGAAAGAUGUGAAGCAAAUAUCCCUCAACCAAAUGAAAAUAUGAGUGCUUCUCGUGGUUUUUCUGAAGAGAAAAAGCAAAAAAAAUCUGCUGGGAACAGCCGACAUAGGACAAGCAGCAGAAGUAGAAGUAGAUCCAGAUCAAGAUCUCGGGAGACAAAAUAUACCGAAAGAAUUAAAAAAUCGUCAACAGUUCAAGAAAGAUUUAGAAGACCGAGUGAGGGUGAUGAAGUUUCGCAAGCGAGAGAGCGUCUUUCUUCAACACAGCAGGGAUGGAAGAAAACUGAAGCAAAAUCAAAACACCGCAUGGAUUCAUCGCCUUCUUCAUCCUCAUCAUCUUCAGAAGGCGAAAACGAAAAGAAUAAACCUCUAUCGCCAAGAGAUCAUGAAAAAACGUGGACCGAACAGGAAUUGAAUGCCAUUGGUGCAAAAAUUGUUAAAGCCGAAAUCAUGGGCCAGUUGGAUUUGGUGAAAUCCCUUAAACUGACACUGGCGUCAGCUAGGGAAACUAUGGCUCGGAGGAAACAGGAAGGAUUGGCGGGCAACAAAGAGCAUGUCGCUGUUCUGACAAGAACGGAUGCUAGAGGCGGUCAGCACCCCUUGCCCGUGCCCCUUUAUGGCGAAAGCUCUUUGCAGGGAAGUAAAGGCAAAGGAAAGAAAUUGAAGGCAGAGACUCAUCAAAGUGGCGAACGCGUUCGCUACUUUGCCGAUGACGACAAGUAUUCUCUCAGUCAGAUGUAUACACGAGAAAAGCAGGGGACGGCUGAAGAUCAGGAUGCCAUGUUUUCACGGUUGGCUGGAAAACGGAUGGAUAAGACCAAUGAUGAUUUCGAUUUAGAUGAUAUGUUUGAAAGCCGGGCAAAUAGAGAGGUAGAUAACGUGGCGGCCGAAGCUCGAGAUAGGCAAGCUGCCAUAACUCAGCAUAAAAAACGAGAAAAGGUGUUGGAUUCCUGCUCGCUUUGUCUUGAUUCACAGGUGAUGCAAAAACAUCUAAUUAUAGCCAUUGGACAAAAGUGCUAUCUGUCAUUACCUGUACAUCAGUCAUUAGUUCUUGGACACUGUUUAAUCGUUCCUCGCACUCAUGUAACUUGCUCCACUCAAUUAGACGAAGAUGUUUGGGCAGAAAUGCAGAUGUUCCGAAAAGCCUUGACGAGGAUGUUCGAAGCACGGGAAGCUGACGCAAUUUUCUUUGAAACGGCUAUGCAUCUCAACCGUUUUCCACACAUGGCAUUGGAAUGUGUCCCACUAUCUAUAUCGGCUGGAGAAACCGCUCCGAUAUAUUUUAAAAAAGCCUUAUUGGAGUGCGAGUCUGAAUGGGCGAUGAAUAAGAAAGUCAUCGAUCUGAAAGGCAAAGACGUAAGGAAAGCUGUCCCGAAGGGAAUGUCAUACUUCUUUGUGGAUUUCGGUAUGCAAUCUGGAUUCGCCCAUAUUAUUGAAGAUGAACAACGCUUUCCAAGUGCCUUUGCACAGGAAAUCUUGGGGGGCAUUUUGGACCUUGAGCCGCAGGCAUGGCGUCGCCCUCGUCGAGAAAACUUUGAUCAGCAAAGAAAAAAGGUACUAGAUUUUGCUGCAGAGUGGAAAGAGUAUGAUUUCACAGCGUCGUUAAAAUAAUGAAAAAUAAUUUAAAUUAAUAUCGCUCAGUGUGUUCGUAUUGAAUUGUGUCAUUGAACUAAGUUACAAAACGAGAACAACAUUCUUUACCAUUUAGGAUGAGGUUCAAAUUUUAAAUAUAUGAACAUAACGAAACCA